AAACCAAGCACCGAACAAGAAGCUCUAUUCUUUUUCUUCUUCUUACUCUCCUUAUUCUUUCCAAGUAAACUCUAGUCAUGGCUUCCUUGUAUUCUUGUUCAUUGGCACCAACUAUUGCAUUUGUGGCCUGGUUAUUCCUUCUUCUUGUUGGAAUGAGCUCUGCUCAGUUGUCCACCAAUUUCUACUCGACGUCGUGCCCUAACGUCCUUUCUACGAUCAAAUCUGCUGUGGACUCUGCUGUCUCAAAUGAGGCUCGCAUGGGGGCGUCCUUGCUUCGUCUCCAUUUCCAUGAUUGCUUUGUUAAUGGAUGUGAUGCAUCUGUGCUGUUGGAUGACACGGCAAACUUCACUGGAGAGAAAACAGCUCGUCCAAAUAACAAUUCAUUGAGAGGAUUUGAUGUGAUCGAUACCAUUAAAACCCAAGUGGAAACGUUGUGCGCACGUACGGUUUCUUGUGCUGAUAUCUUAGCAGUUGCUGCUCGAGACUCUGUUGUCGCGCUUGGGGGCCCUAGUUGGAAUGUCCUACUAGGGAGAAGGGACUCCACAACUGCAAGCUUGAGUGCUGCUAACAGCAACAUCCCUGGACCACAAUUGAAUCUCAGCGCCCUCCUAACUGCCUUCUCAAACAAGAAUUUAAAUGCAAGGGACAUGGUGGCUCUUUCAGGAUCUCACACAAUAGGCCAAGCUAAAUGCUCAAGUUUCCGAGCCCGCCUCUACAACGAAAACAACAUAAAUUCCUCAUUUGCUACAUCAUUGAGAGCAAAUUGUCCUAGCAGUGGAGGUAAUGAUAACCUAUCUCCACUUGACACCACAAGUCCAACCACAUUCGAUAAUGCUUACUACAAGAAUUUGCAAAGCCUAAAGGGACUUUUGCACUCGGACCAGCAGCUCUUCAGUGGGGGUUCAACAAACGCUCAGGUCAACACUUACAGUUCCAACUCAGCCACUUUCUUCACAGACUUUGCAAAUGCCAUGGUGAAGAUGGGAAACCUUAGCCCACUUACAGGCACAAGUGGCCAGAUCAGGACCAAUUGCAGGAAAACUAACUGAUUACUGGCACUAAAUUGUAGAGACAGUCAUGUUGAGUGUUUGAUUGUUAUUUUUGUUGUUGACUAUCUUCAUCAUCAUCUUGUAUUUAGGUUGCUAAGAAGGAAGGCAAUAAAGGCAUUAGUUUGGAUGGUUUCUAUGUCAUUUGAUUCUGUUUUAGAAUCACAUUUAAUAAGAGUUCAGAGGUGUAAUUAUUUAAUGAUAUGCGUUAUGAGCUGUGAAAUUGGUA